AUGCUAUCGGUUAUGUUUGCCGACCUCUACUACCUUCACCCCUACUUUUCUCGUCUUUACCUGGUCGGCGCUACUCUCUCAAAAGGCUCGCGAGCCACUUCAAGCAUCUGCAUAUACGCCUUGGCAAUCUUGUCCAGCAUGACUUCCACGAACGAGGCUGCAGCCGCUGGCGACACUGCAAAGUCUCAGCCUGCUCAGGAGAAUAAUGGAUCUUCCGGUUCAGCUGCUCCAUGCGCUCGCCCCACUCUGGAUGAGGAUCUGGCUAUUCAUGAUUCAGAAAAUUAUAGCCGUAGCCGCACAACCAAGGCCAUUCAAGACACUGUCAAGCAUGAGAUCGACUCAUGGAUCAGCACCACUAAGGAUAGUGGUGACGAGUUCACUCAAGAUCAGCUAUCAACCUUCUCAGAAGAUGACUGGAAGGAAAUUAUUGGUGGCAUGGUGAGCAUCCAAGCCCGGAAGGCUGUUGCUCAAGCCGAAAAAGAGGCAUGGUUCCACGACAAAGUCAGGCAAGGCAUUCAAGACAUUGACUUGGAGAUCCUAUUGUCGGAUGUCAUUCAAGAAAUCUUUUUCGAGGUGAUGAACAAGGCCAUUGAGAGGAGGAUCAAACUGAUUUUCCAGACGGAGAGCGAGUUAUUUCAAAGCUAG